CAAGCAAGUGUCAGUAUCUUUACGUCAGAUACAAAUGUCAGAUGUGUUCAGAUCCAUGUGUAGCAACGUACAGUUGGGUGGGGGCUUCCCGGUUCUGCAGAGGAAAGUUUAUUUCCGGAGAAUCACACGUGCUUGUAAACGAUUCGACUACAUCAAGACUAUAUGCACUUGUUUUCAUCAGGACUUUUAAGGAGAAAGGACAAUUGUACGCAUACAUAUAUCAAAUCGUCACGAUGCCUUACUUAUAUCCAAAAUCUCCUUUUAAACAUGACAGUGAAAUACGCUCCGAACUGCAAAAUGAAAUGCUUAGGUUAAUUGGUCAUGUCGAUGAUAAGGUAUUCAAGGAUGUUCAGGCCAGGCUGGAUUCUUUGUGCUCUUGGCUUUGCACUACUCCAAAAACCACAACUUUCCGAGUCAACAAUUUAGUCACAGAUACUGAGGCUGUUGUAAAAGAGAUCGCAAAGGAACUCUCUCAGAUUGGACGACCUUUUGAAGUCAGUACAAAUCCAUAUUUUCCUGAAUUAAUUUCCGUCAGCUGCUGGGACAGUUCUGUAGAGCUCAAUUUACACUAUCUGCCCAAAGAAAUCAUCGUUGAUUCAAUAUGUGGUACAGCAGUACUGAGAGGUGCCCAUGUAUUUGCUCCUGGUGUCAUGGGGAUUCCACAAGGCUUACGAGUCGGAGAUAUGGUGAGUGUUUAUGCUGAUUUGACUGGAGAUUGUAAGAAAGGAUUCAACAAGCGCUACAUGAGUCCCCACAAAGUAUUUCUUGGUAACGGUGUCUUGAGAAUAACAAGAAACGAAUUGUUUGGCGGAACCGUAAAACGCCCAAGUGGGAUAGCAGUAUUCAUGACAGAUGUUGUGUCUCGUUUGCCCAGUCUGAGUGACUCCGUACUCUCGAAAGGUUCAGCAUUACUACAGAAUUUACCAUCUAUAAUUUGCAGUCGUGUUCUCAAUCCAUCGUCUGAUGAAAUUAUUCUUGACAUGUGCGCUGCUCCUGGCAAUAAAACUACUCACAUUUCUGCCCUUAUGAAAGGCUCGGGAACCAUCGUAGCCUUAGAGAAGAUAAAAUCUAAAGUAGAACGAAUGAGAAUUCAAUGCAACGAGUUGUGUGCUACAAAUAUUCAAAUAUUUUGUUUCGAUUCAACAAAAGCUGUAAGUGAGGUGAAGGAGAAAAUAUUUUCCGACGGGCCUCCUUACAACGUGGAAUCUUUCGAUCGAAUUCUGCUUGAUGUUCCUUGUAGUGCUCUAGGGCAAAGGCCGCAACUCACAAAUGCAAUUACAGUUGCUCAAAUCAAUUCCUAUGUACCUUUACAAAGGAAAUUAUUCUCUGCGGCCGUUCGUCUGCUUAAAUUUGGUGGAGUCUUGGUGUACAGUACUUGUACAAUAACAGCAGGUGAAAACGAGGGCAUUGUUUCUUGGGCAUUGAAAACAUAUCCAUACUUGCGACUAGAACCAGUACGAAAAAAAUUGUGCUCUCUUGGAUUACCACACAUUGGUGCAUCAGGAAUGGACAUCUCUGGACUUACCUCUGAGGAAUCAAAAAAUCUGUGUAGAUUUGGAGUGGAAAGUGAUAGUGUAGGAUUUUUUAUAGCGUGUUUUGUCAAAAUAAAUGCAGAAACUUGAAUUAAACUAAGUAAAUAAUUUUCACA